AUGACCGACUACGUUGGGAUUGGAGGCUCAGACCUCUUUUCCUUCGACAACAAGGUUGCGCUUGAUAGCCAUAUUUUGUAUGACAACGAAGCUCGGUCCAAGAUCGAGUACGACGAGUAUGUGGUAUACAAGCGGCAAUACGACAUGCUAUUAGGACACUCUGCAGAGGAGCAUCGUCAGAAUCAUGUUGCCCACAAGAUCAGCCACGACGACAAGGAGGGCGCUGAUAUGUUACACGGCGCCUUUCGAGAAGGCAAACUCGUCGACCGCAGUGGAAGGUUCGUUCGUCUUGGGGCCGAUGAUGUUUCCUACAAUCCGGAGCUUCUUGAAGGCCGAGUUCGUCGCGUGUCCCCGGAUGGUAGCCAGGAUGGUCUCUCUCUGAGUCGCACUGACUUCGAGGUCCUGAAGCUUCAUCCAGCUACCCUUCAGUAUUCUCGCCGGACCACUACCGAGUCUCGCUUCUGGUCCAAAGACCGGUCUCUCUUGAGUGUUUUACUGUCCUUUUCGUUGAACGCCAAAACCCCGUAUGAUUUCCUCUCCAUGACUUACGAUGUCAACACUCGGUGUUCGACUAUCCUCGUACGCCAGUCCUACCACCCUAGGCGGCAUCGUUUGGAAAGUCUAGACGAGUACGACCACCGCAUGGAAGCCUGCAAAGCGCACUGGGCUCACCCCUUCGUGACACCAGUUGUGCUGCUUCAAGUUCACUUCCUCCGCACCGAAGAAGCAGUUGGGGUGAACAACCACAACGUGACCGACCUCGAGACCCGGGUAUCGAACAUUGCCGGCUUCGAAGCAACGGCCGCCACUGAAAAGAGUUCCUCAUGGAAGCGGCGUUGGGGGAAGUUGAGCAAAGAUCGACCCCAGGACGAAAUCGUCGACGGUGCGGACGACGAGGCGCAGACCGCCGGUGUCAUGAGCAUGACAAACCUUAUGAAGAGCGCCCAUGGGGUGUUGAAAGAGUGCAUUCAAUUGCUCGAUGCCAUUCGGUGGACCGAGCGUGCCGUCAAAACUUUGAUCAUGGCGGGGGAUGAGUUGGAAGAGCGGAUGUCCACGGGACAAAUUAUUCGACCGGGAUCUUUAGCUCCCAGGAGCGUUCACCCAAACGAGGACCAGGACCAGCCGCCCCGAAGCCCCAACCCAAACGACGACCCGAGGAGAGCUGAUUCUAUGCCGCAUCUUUUCCUUCCCCAUCACACAUCCCCCGACGAUCCCUUGGGCAGUCAUUGGCAUGAAAUCCGGCAAUACCUCGAAGGGCUAUUGAGAAUCUGUAUGAGUCUGGAGACAGAAAGGCGCAUGUCGGAGGCCAGAUGCCGGGCGCAGAUUGAUAUAAUAUACAGUAAAAUGGCCCAGGAAGACAACGUUCUAAACGCUCGCAUGGCCGUUGCCUCGUCACGGGAUAGCUCGUCAAUGAAAGCCCUUGCCGUCAUAACUGCAAUCUUCCUCCCCGGCGAGUUUCUUGGGACCCUCUUCGGCAUGUCCAUGUUCGACUGGAUGCCCGAGAAGGAUGAUGCGCCCAGCCCGGAUGGUGCACCACCGACCAUCGAAGACGACGACGUUAUUAGUCGAAGAUUUUACAUAUAUUGGCUCAUCGCCAUCCCGCUAACUCUCUUUAUCCUCACAGCAUGGCGCGGCUGGUGGGUUACCGAGGACCGCUUCUUCCGCAGGCACCUCUCAAAGGAGCUCAGCGAGGAGAGAUACUGGACCGUCGACGGUAAGCCGCGCGUGCUCGAAAAUUCCUUCAUACAUGACUUUUUUCGGUUAUCCGCCCGCUUCGACGAGAGAAUACCGAAGCCGAAGAACAACGGAAAGCAAAAGGAGUUAAAAGUCUUGGAUGCCGAGGCUGGGAUAGUGCCUCCUUCUUCUCAGGUCGAUUUCGGGAGUCCACCCAAGGACGGGGAGUCUUUGCGGCAGAAGAGGUCGCUAUUCGUUAGGAGGGAGAGUUAUCUGUUACACCGCCGACCUUCGCAGCCGGCGUAA